CGUAACACUAAUCGGAAACCCAGGUUCUUCAGCUGCCGCCGGCCAAUCCAAUUUGCGAUGGCAACUAACGGUUCAGUUUCAUCAACGGAGAACGGCGGAGUAAGUAAACUGGAGAAGUUUCUGUGCGAGCGGUUGUUGGAUCAGUCGCAGCCGAUCUCAGAGCGAUUUAGAGCUCUCUUCUCCCUUCGCAACUUGAAAGGCCCUGCUCCUCGCAACGCUCUAAUCCUCGCAUCCAGAGACUCAUCCAACUUGUUGGCACAUGAAGCUGCGUUUGCGUUGGGACAGAUGCAAGAUGCUGAAGCUGUUCCUGCUCUUGAGUCCGUUCUUAACGACAUGUCCUUGCAUCCUAUUGUACGCCAUGAGGCAGCAGAAGCUCUUGGAGCCAUUGGUUUAGCUGGUAAUGCUGAGAUAUUGAAGAAAAGCUUGAUCUUGGAUCCUGCUCAGGAGGUUCGGGAGACAUGUGAGUUAGCUCUCAAAAGGAUCGAAGAGUUGAGUAGUGUUGAUGCGGAGAAGAACCAGUCAGACACGACAGAGAGAUCACCUUUCAUGUCUGUUGACCCAGCGGCUCCAGCUGCUGCUUUCUCCUCUGUCCACCAACUGAGGGAGAUUCUUAUGGAUGAAACAAAAGGCAUGUAUGAGAGAUAUGCUGCUCUUUUCGCUCUAAGGAAUCAUGGUGGAGACGAGGCUGUUUCUGCUAUUGUUGAUUCUUUGAGUGCUGAUAGUGCCCUUCUACGUCAUGAGGUUGCUUAUGUCUUGGGGCAAUUGCAAAACAAAGCUGCCCUAGCAACACUAAGCAAAAUACUGAGAGAUUUGAAUGAGCACCCAAUGGUUAGACACGAGGCUGCAGAAGCGCUUGGUUCUAUUGCAGAUGAGCAGAGCAUUGCAUUGCUACAGGAAUUCUCAAGGGACCCUGAGCCGAUUGUUUCGCAAAGCUGUGAAGUUGCAUUGAGCAUGCUGGAAUUUGAAAAUUCCGGCAAAUCAUUUGAGUUCUUUUUCACUCAAGACCCGCUUGUUCAUUAAAAUGCGUAAGGAUCUUAACCAUUCUUCGAUCAUUUACAACAAAGGAAUACAAGCAGUUGCAGCAAGCGAACCUUUUGUUAUACAGAGAGGUGAACUGCUGCUACUUAGCAUCUUAAUUAUGUCCGAUUGUUAUAGUUCUAUGUAUUGAAUUUAAUUUUAAGAUACAUUGUCUUAGUCGGUAUGGAAGCUUUCCAUUGUUAAAGAAAGGGAAUGAUUUUGCAUGUCU